AUGCCGGACGGGAAGGCGAUUGGCGGCAAUGAUUACAGGAAUCGCGGGUGUCCAGCCUUCAAGAGGUGCCAUACUCACGACUCAAUCAAAUUUAAUAUGGCUACAUUUGGCAAGUCGCUUCCUACAGUGACAACAGAUGAAUAUGCCGUGACGCGUCCAAUCAUCGCGACAAAUUACGGGAAAGCUUGUAGAGCUAUCGGUGUGCAUGUAAAUUCACAUGUAAGCGAUAUAUUACGCGGCAAGGAGGACGACGAAGAGCUCAUUAAUCAUGUUCACGGCAUAGGCCCAGGAUUCACAAAUGGACCAUAUACUCAACUUCGAUACAUUCGAAUAUGGAAGCAGAACAUCGGAAAUGAGGGUGCCGCGGCAUUUGCAAGUGUGCUGCAACCAAAUUCAGGUAUUAAAAUCUCGUACCUAGAGUUGCUGGAUUGUGGCAUUGGAGAGAAUGGAUGCAAAGCGCUAGCUGAAGUGUUAACGCGACAAAAAGCACCCGGCUUGUUAACCUUAAAUCUUGACUACAAUCUUGACAUUGGCGAUGCAGGCUUUAGCGUGCUUGUCGACGGGCUUUUCAUCAACAACAUAUUAAAGCAACUCCAUCUUGAUUAUUGUGCUAUCGGUCAAGGCAGCUGCUUUAAACUUGCACAGCUGAUCAGCUUGCCAACGUGUGCGAUCGAAGUAUUGUCAUUGAAUGGCAAUAAUAUUGGAAAUAGUGGACUGCACCACCUUUCGCUCGGACUCGGACGUGCUCAAAGACUGGUAAAGCUCAACUUGUCAGACAACGGCAUACGAAAUAAUAUUGAGGCGCUAUCAGCUUUCCGAGACGCUCUUAUUCGAUGCAAAUCUUUGGCUCAUGUUGACUUCACCUUUAAUUUAAUCGAACCUGAGGGUGCCAGCAUCUUACUGCCCGCUCUUGCACCUGAAAACACACAGCUUCAAUCUUUUUUGGUCGAUGCUUCACUCCCCAAGAAUCUUUUUCUGCAGCUCAAUCGCUCACAUAGAACUGGAAGUAUAAAGAAAGGUAAAAAAGGCGGUGGCAAGAAAAAGAGAAAAUAA